AUGUCUCAAGGCUAUUCGCUUGAUAGCUAUAGAGCUCUGUACGAAAAAGGAUCCGUCGAAGAGUACUCUAAGUAUCCUAAUUCCACCACUAUAGGGUUUAUCAUCUAUCUGUGCACAACAGAGUGCUACGAGAGAUUGAUGAAUAUGGGAUUCAGGCGGUCUGGAACUUUUCUCUACCGGUCGGAUCUAUUACGUAACUGUUGUCGCUUGUACACUAUACGAACGAACCUCAAGUUCAUACAGCAUGCUACCAAGGGCCAUCGCCAUACGGUGAACCGGUUCGAGACGUUUUUGAAGGGCAAAGAUCAAAAGCAAAAGAAGCAUUCGGCUGGUGUCUCGUUCAAUCUUAAGGAGAGAAUUCUUAAUCUAGAAACCACUGUAGACCCGGAUCGAUUUCAUACUGUGAUUGGACCUAUUCACGCUACUGAGCAAAAGUAUUUACUUUUCAAGAAGUACCAAAUACGGGUUCAUCAUGAAAAGGAAGAUGACAUUUCUUUUAAAGGGUUCAAAAGGUUUCUAUGCCAAACUCCAUUCGAAGGAAAUGUUGUGGAUCACAAUGAAGCAUAUUGGAAGAGAUUGAACGAGAACUGGAGAAAUGGAUCGUUUGAAGAGAGUGAUUCCGACGAAAUUGUUGGUCCUGUGCACGAAUGCUACUAUUUAGACAACCAGUUAGUGGCCAUUGCAGUGUUGGACAUUCUUCCAGAAUCGAUUUCGUCAGUAUAUCUCAUCUGGGACCCUGACUAUGCACAUCUAGGACUUGGAAAUUUGAGCGCAUUGAGAGAAUUGGUUCUCACCCAGAUGUUGGGAAAGAAAUACUACUACAUGGGAUAUUACAUAGACGAUUGUCCCAAAAUGAGAUACAAAGCGAAGUUUGGUGGUGAGAUCUUGGACGUGUGCAGUGGGAAGUAUGUAAGAUUGGAUAGGGCAAGACCGUUCAUCGAAGGAGGUAAGUUGGCAGUACUGAAAAUAAAGAGAGACAAUGAGGACACGUCAUUGGUACUUAAUGAGUUUGAGAUGCAAGACGGAAUGGAUGACGAGACCAUCAUCAAAGACGAGCCAUUGAUAAAUGUGGCUGAGCAGAUCUAUGGGAUAGAUGGUGGUUCGUUUACUAAGGCAGAAAGAACUGCACAGAAAUUACCAGAGAGCUUGAUUAGCCACAGUGCUAGCAGCAACGAAGAUUAUUGGAGGAGCGAUGAAAAAGAAACGGUGAAGCUUCCGGCAGUUUCUCCGGGAUUGAUGCCAUUGUGGCAGAUCAAUGAGAUAUAUCAGGACGGCAGUUUGAAGAAAUCAUUAGAAAAUGCAUAUCUAUACGACCAAGACAACCCGGGCUACUACCAGUUCCAAGCAGACCGUGACAGCAAGCGCAUGAAACUACUCGUUGAUCUCAUACGAUUGAUUGGGCUCAAACAGUUCGAGUACCCAACUUUGUGCAUAGUCUGA